AUUCGUCUUAUAAGCCAUGGUAUUUUGUCUCCUCUUUGGUGAAUGUCCUGCUAGAAGGUACUGUUUUGCAGUUGAAAUCGAUAAACUCCCGUUCGUUUCGCAACUUCCAAAGGCAAUAUGCAAAACGGAACUUUUUAGCCAGUGUUGAUGCCUACCAACUUCAAUUAUGGAAG